CGGUGCCGGGCAUGGCCCAGCUCGGCGCCAUCGCCGCCCUCGCCCUCGGCGUGGCGGCCGCCGCGCUGCUCUCGGCCGUGCACAAGAUCGACGAGGGGCACAUCGGCGUCUACUACCGCGGCGGAGCGUUGCUGACCUCCACCAGCGGGCCCGGCUUCCACCUCAUGCUGCCCUUCAUCACGUCCUACAAGUCAGUGCAGACCACGCUGCAGACGGACGAGGUGAAGAAUGUCCCGUGCGGUACCAGUGGGGGAGUGAUGAUUUACUUCGACAGGAUCGAGGUGGUGAAUUUCCUCAUCCAGAGCGCAGUGUACGACAUUGUCAAGAACUACACGGCUGACUAUGACAAGGCUCUCAUCUUCAACAAGAUCCACCACGAGCUGAACCAGUUCUGCAGCGUGCACACUCUGCAGGAGGUGUACAUCGAGCUCUUUGAUCAAAUUGAUGAAAACCUCAAACUGGCUUUGCAGCAAGACCUAACCACGAUGGCCCCUGGAUUGAUUAUACAGGCAGUUCGAGUGACAAAGCCAAACAUCCCUGAAACCAUCCGGAGGAACUACGAGCUCAUGGAGAGUGAGAAGACAAAGCUGCUGAUAGCAGCCCAGAAGCAGAAGGUGGUGGAGAAGGAGGCAGAGACAGAGAGGAAGAAAGCUCUGAUAGAGGCAGAAAAGAUUGCACAAGUCGCUGAAAUAACUUAUGGGCAGAAAGUGAUGGAAAAGGAGACAGAGAAGAGGAUUUCAGAGAUUGAAGAUGCUGCUUUUCUUGCACGAGAGAAGGCAAGGGCUGAUGCUGAGUGUUACACUGCAAUGAAGGUGGCUGAGGCCAACAAGCUCAAGUUAACUCCUGAGUACUUGCAGCUGAUGAAGUACAAGGCAAUUGCAGCCAACAGCAAGAUCUACUUUGGCAAAGAUAUUCCCAACAUGUUCAUGGACUCUGCAGGGAGCCAGAGCAAAUCUGCAGAGGGACUGGCAGAAGGAAUCCCAGAGGAGGAUGGAGCAGGAACCAGUGAGGACACAAAACUACUUCAUAACAUCAACUGAAAAGAAAGAUUUCUAUUCAUUUUCUAUCAAAAAAUCACGAACUGGGAAAUUCCUUUUAGUUUUCUCCCUUUUCCUGUGCUGAAAGAGAUGAAUCAGAUUUAAUCCUUUCAAUCUUUUAUAUGACAAUUAGACCACAAGGACUUUGGUAUUUAUGGGGUGGGCUUUCUGGUAAUUUCUAAGCUCCGGGUAUGUUCUGUAGCUGCACCUCCCCAUCUCUUGGGUCAGCCAGACCAAGGAUUUGGGAGAUGCUGUCAGGGCUAUCAGCUGGGUGGGAACCUCAUUUGGGAUUGAGGUGGUUCAGAGCAGUUGCAGCUAAAGAAAUGUUGAGGUUUUGGAAGGAGGGGAAUUGCUGCUACAACUUGUUUUGGGGUUUUUUUCUUACUAAAAAUUCCAAGUACUUUAUUUCAAUCCCCUCUGAAAAUAAGGUGCUAGAUUUUGUACUUUACAUACAAGUGGCUGCUCCAGGCUGGGGCUGCUGAGCCCACAUGAGGUGACCCCAUGAGGGACAGAGGAGCCCUGCAGGUCCCACCCAUGGGGGGAAUCAAAGCCUUAGACCACAUCACACUGAGAGUGACCCAAAAAUCUUCAUUUUCUGUGUCCUGACUGCUUUGUUUUCCAUUUGUCAUGUUGUUGUGGGGCACAGGAGAGUUGUCCCAGCAGUUCAGCUGUUGAGGGAGUGCAGAGCUGGGUGAGAUUUUCAGUGAAACGAUGAAAAUUGUCACCGAAAACCAGAGAGAAAAGAAUUUUUGUCUCAGGGACCCUGACUUUACAAAAGGCCUUGCUGGGGAGGAGCUGCAGGAGAGUUUUUCAGUUUGUUAUCUGCUCUGUGGGAGCAGCUGGAUCUCAGUGUUUACAGUGUCUGACUAGAAAAAGGACAUUCAGGUGGAGCUGAAGUGAUCUCCUGUGGGAUUGGGGCUGACUGGACCUUGUGGAAGGAAGAUUUCAGGACAAACCAUGA